AUCCACAUUCCACUUCACAGCUGAAAACAUAAAAAACUUUCAUCCAAAGACGAAAGAUAUGGCAGCAAGUCUACAGAAAGCAAGGAAGUACUCCUUCCCCGAUGACAUAAGUAGUGCCGAUUUCGAACCAGAUUUUGUUUGGGGUACUGCCACUUCUGCAUAUCAGAUUGAAGGUGCUGUGCUUGAAGGUGGUAGACAACCAAGCGUCUGGGAUACUUUCUGCCUCAAAAAAUCCGGUGCCAUCGACAACGAAGAUAAUGGAAACAAUGCUAUUAAUGCUUAUUAUAAAACAAAGGAAGAUGUGCAACUGAUGAAGAAACUGGGUCUAAAAGCCUACAGAUUCUCACUUUCAUGGAGUAGAAUAUUACCAGGUGGAAAACUGAGACUGGGCAUCAACCAGGAAGGUGUCGACUACUACAAUAACCUAAUCGAUGAGCUUAAACGCAAUGAAAUUGAGCCAUUUGUGACGUUGUGGCAUUGGGAUACUCCGAAUGCCCUGGAAGAAGACUACUUGGGUUUUUUGGAUAAACAAAUCAUAGAUGAUUUCGCGGAUUAUGCGGAAUUUUGCUUCUGGGAAUUUGGUGAUCGGGUUAAGUAUUGGAUCACAUUGAAUGAGCCCCACAGUUACGCUUCAUCUGGUUACGGUUAUGGUAUUCACGCACCAGGUCGAGGAGGUGUGCAAGUUGACCCUGAACUCUUGGCUGGAAAUAACCUUGGAACUCGUAGCAAUGAUAUUGUCGCUCCAAGAACUUUCGACAAUAAAGGUGUUGGGGAUGCUGCCACUGAGCCCUAUACUGUCGCACACAACUUACUUCUGGCUCAUGCAACUGCUGCCGAUAUAUACAAGAAAGGAUUUCAGGAUAGCCAAGGUGGUGUGAUUGGAAUUACGUUGAACCAACAGUUUAACGAGCCAUUAAAUGAAAGGAAUCCCGAAGACCAGAAGGCAGCCGACAGAGCCAUGGACUUCAUUUUCGGAUGGUACAUGGAGCCAUUGUUUAGUGGCAAGUACCCAGACACAAUGAGAGAUCUUGUCAAGGACCGUUUGCCUGAAUUCAUAAAUGAUGAACCCGAACUACUGAAGAACUCUUACGAUUUUAUUGGGUUGAAUUACUAUACUGCCCGAUACGCUACCAAUGCGGAACCAACUGAUUUGGUAUCCUACUUGACAGAUAGCAAUGUGCACCAAACUGAAGUUGGCCUUGAUGGGAAACUGAUCGGUCCUGAGGGAGGCGUUGAUUGGUUUUUUUCCUAUCCAAUUGGAAUUUACAAAUCCUUGAUGCAACUAAAAAAUAAGUACGGAAACCCAUUGGUCUAUAUAACUGAAAAUGGCUAUGCUGAUGCAAUGGAUAUCAAACUGAAAAUUGAAGAAGCUCGUAUCGAUAAUGAACGUAUUGUUUAUUACAAUACACAUCUUCAAAAUGUCCUACAAGCAAUUAGGGAUGACUGUAAUGUGCAUGGGUACUUCGCAUGGUCAAUGAUGGAUAAUUUUGAGUGGCACAAGGGAUACUCUGUUCGUUUUGGUCUAUUUUAUGUUGAUUAUAGUCAUGGAAAAUACACAAGGUACCCAAAGCACUCUGCAAUAUGGUUUAAGAAGUUUCUUAAUCCCCCUGUGAAAGAAGAGAAGCUAGGUGAACGUGAUGCAAAUUAAGAAGUGUAUUGCUUGAACACAAAGAAGUGAGUCGCAAUCGGCACAGAAGAAAAUAAAUGCCCAAAGUGGUUUCUACUUUCAUGAAUAAUAAGUGCGUAUUAUGUCUGUUUUAACGUUUUCGAUUCCUUUUAAUAAAUUAUGUUUCAUGGGUGGGUUGGACAUGUCUAUUGUUCCUUUUUAUUUUCGGAC